ACUCGACUUACAUAAGUUGGUAACACUGCAGCUUCGCUGAGAAGAAAAUUUGGAAUAAACCGAAACCGAGGCAUAGGGAAUUAUGUCACAGCGCAAUCACCGAGUGGACCGCUUCGCCCAGAUGACGAAGCAGGAGGAGAUCAUAGCCAAGAAGCGGCAGGAGAUCCUCGAGAAGCAGAAGACGGCGCAGCUGGCGAAGGCGGUGGCUGCGGCGCAAAACUUGGCGGCGCAACUGAAAACAGAGACGCCUGCGGGAAAAACGGUUGCCAACGAGGAGCAGGAGGAGGAGGAAGCCCAACUCCAGGACUUUGCAGUCCAGGACGCAUCUCUCACAGUCGGCGAGGAGGGCCAUUUGCCAGAGGUGGUCCACAUAGAUGCCACGGCCAGCAAGGGAAAGUCGGAGGAUGCGGUGGCCCCCAAGACGCUGAAUAGCUUCACCGGCAAGACGGGCAAGAUCACAUUUGGCCAGAAGCGCCAGCAGCUGCCACAGCCCAGUGUUGAGCAGCCGCCUCCGAAGGUGAAGAACACGUUCUGCAACGAUGGUUCCUUCCUGGAGAACUUCAAGAAAAUACUCGAAAAGCACGAGAAGCCUCCGCAGCCCCUACUAGUUCCGCCUGUUCCAGUGACCAGCACCGAGGAGAACAAUCCCCUGGAUACGGACAACGCCGAGAACAGCAGUUCGCAGCUGGAGGCGGCCAUCGCCAUCAGCUCGGCAGCAGCCAUGGCCACCUCCAUCACUGUCACCAGCUCGGCGCCCACUCACCUGGCCUUUGGACUACCCGUGCAGGCAGUGCAGCCACCACCGCCGCCGCCGUUCGCCUUCAAUCCCACGCUUCUGCAACAGGGACCUCCGCAAAUGCAGCUGCCAGCUGCCUUCUUCCACGGCCACCUGCCUCUACACCUGCAUCCGGCAGUUGCACCUCCUCCGCCGCCGCCGCCCCCACAGCUGCCCAUCGCUUUGGCCAACAUGGGACAGAUUUACAUGCAGCUUGGACCGACGCCAGUGGAGGCCAUGCAGUUAAAUGCCAUACCGGCGCCCAAGGAGUUUGACCUAAAUGCGAUACCCAAGCCCCAAAUAAACCUGGAGGCUAUACAGAUGCCCACCAUCGGAGGGCAUUCGGCGGAGCAGCUUGGUCUCCUGCCGGAACACAUGGCAAUGUCAGUCAAUCCUCACCCACCGCCACCUCCGCCACCCGUCCUGGAGGAGAUUGAGCAGCCACAACAGCAGCCACAUUUGCCACAGGUUGUGCCUCCACAGCCUCCGCAGCCCACAGCUGCCCCUCAAGUUUUUUCAGAAACGUGCAUACAAUUGCCAACGUGCUUAGAAAACCUAAUCGCACUGGUCGCGGAAAAUGGUGAAGAUUAUGAAGAUAAAAUUCGUUUGCAUAGAAGCGAGUUGCAUCCGGCCUUGUGGUUUCUUUAUGAUAAGAGCUGCGAGCAGUAUCGAAGCUAUCGCUCCCAACUCCUUGACUACGAGCGCCAGCGCGUUGAGCGGCAACGGGAGCGGGAGCAUCAGCAGUUAAGCCGGGACCAGCAGCCCCAGCCCAAGGAGCAGGAGGCUCAGCCACACCACGAGGAGCAGCACAGCAACUCAGCGGCCGACAAGUACGACCCUGAGUCGGCCAUCAGUGCGGAUUUUGACUCGGACGAUGAGUACAUGCGGGGCAUGAUGGACCGCAACCGGGACAACAUAAAGCGCCGCAUUGAGUGCCGCAACGAGCUGAGCGACGAGGAGAGGCGGGAACGGGAAGAGGCGGCCGCCGCCGGAGGAGCGAUAGAUGCUGAUGACCAGGACGAUCAGGAGGACAAGGAGUCACAGCGGCAGCGACGCAAGCGCGAGCGCAAGAGCCGUUGGGGCGAGAAAGAGCAACAGUUGCCCACCUCAAGCACCUCGGGAAACUUUGGUAACCAAAACAAACCAGUUCUAAGUAGCAUUACGCGCACGGAUCCCGCGCUGUUGCAGUAUGCUCGCCUCAACUACGGCUCCACUCAGCUGAGCGAGGAGCAGUGGAAGCAGUGCGAGGAGCACUACAAAGUAAACUUGCUGUAUCAGGACAUGAUGCGCAAGCGUCAGGAGAUCGAUCGCCUAGCUCGAGGCGGGAAAUUUAAGUACGAAUACGACUCGGACGAGGACAUUGAGGGCGGAACGUGGGAGCACAAGUUGCGCACGGCUGAAAUGGAGGCCACAUCGCUGUGGGCCAACGCCCUAACCAAGCAAAGCGAGGGGAAGCAUCACAUUGGCGACUUCCUGCCCCCCGAGGAGCUCAAGAAGUUCAUGGAGCAGUACGAGGCGAAGAAGAACAACAGGCAGCCGGAUCUGAGCGACUACAAGGAGUACAAGCUAAAAGAGGACAACAUUGGAUUCCAAAUGCUGCAGAAACUCGGCUGGAAGGAGGGGCAAGGAUUGGGUCAGGACGGAGCCGGAAUUGUGGAUCCUGUCAACAAGGCCCCACAACGCGAUGGAAACCAAGGACUUGGAGUGAGCAGCGCUGCCCAGCCAGAGGACUGCGAUAACGAAUACGAUGCCUACAGGAAGCGAAUGAUGUUGGCGUAUCGCUUUCGUCCAAAUCCUUUGAACAAUCCCCGUCGCGCUUACUACUAGCAAUACCUAAUAUAGUUCAUUACCUAGCCACCAUAUUAUCCCAAUACCCUGAACCCGCUUAUUCAACUACAGAUUUUGCUGAAUAAAAUGUCCUUGUUUAAAUUAAACAACGGCACAAAGUGUAA